UGAAUAAGGUUAUCCCAAAGUGAAGACGUUUUUGAAAGUGGGUGAAAGGUCGGGGCUGUGUGUGUGUGUCAGAACGCCAGAGAAGUACGGACAGACACACUGACCUUUGGCGGUACCGUGAAGUGGAAGCAGCGUUAUGUCUCUAAUCAGAGGUGUGUUUAUCGUGGCCGCCAAGCGCACGCCGUUCGGCACGUACGGCGGCGUGCUGAAGGACCACAGCGCCACUGACCUGGCGGAGCAUGCGGCCAGGGCUGCUCUGGCAGCGGGUAACGUGGCACCUGAGCUGGUCAACAGUGUGGUCAUGGGCAACGUCAUGCAGAGCUCUGCAGACGCACCCUACCUGGCGCGGCACGUUGGUCUCAGGUGUGGGGUGCCCAUCCCUGUCCCCGCACUCACCGUCAACCGUCUGUGUGGCUCCGGGUUCCAGUCCAUCAUCAACGGCGCUCAGGAGAUCUGCCUGAAGGAGUCGGAGGUGGUUCUGUGCGGCGGCUCGGAGAGCAUGAGCCAGGCCCCCUACGCCGUGCGCAACAUCCGCUUCGGCACCCGGCUCGGAGCGGACCUGAAGCUAGAGGACACCCUGUGGGCGGGGCUUACUGACCUGCAUGUGAAGAUCCCUAUGGGCAUCACCGCAGAGAACCUGGCAGAGAAGUACGAGCUGAGCAGGGAGGAGUGUGAUGCGUACGCGUACCGGACACAGCAGCGCUGGAAAGCAGCGCAGGAGGGCGGCCAUUUCACGGCGGAGAUCGCGCCCGUCGACGUGAAGGCGAAGAAGGGCAAGGUGCCCAUGACUCAGGACGAGCACCCGCGCCCCCAGACCACCCUGGAGCAGAUGGCCAAGCUGCCGCCCGUCUUCAAGAAGGGGGGCACCGUGACGGCUGCCAACGCCUCGGGCGUGUCCGACGGGGCUGCAGCCUUGGUGAUAGCCAGUGAGGACGCGGUGAAGCAGCAUAAUCUCACCCCAUUGGCCAGGAUCGUGGCCUAUCACGUGUCCGGCUGUGAUCCCAGCAUCAUGGGGAUUGGACCUGUGCCAGCCAUCACUGAAGCCCUGAAAAAGGCGGGACUGUCUCUAAAGGACAUGGACCUGGUGGAGGUGAACGAGGCCUUUGCCCCGCAGUACCUGUCCGUUGCCAAGGCGUUGGGCCUGGACCCCGAAAAGACCAAUGUGAACGGGGGUGCCAUCGCCCUGGGACACCCGCUGGGGGCGUCUGGCGCCCGCAUCACUGCCCACCUGGCACAUGAACUCGGGCGCCGUGGCGGGAAGUACGCGGUGGGCUCGGCAUGCAUCGGGGGAGGCCAGGGCAUCGCCAUCGUCCUGGAGAACGCGCACUGAGGGGCCUGUCCUACCCACAUACUCCACCCUACAGCAGCACUAUCAGGGGGCCUGUCCUACCCACAUACUCCACCCUACAGCAGCACUAUCAGGGGGCCGUCCCGCCCACAUACUCCACCCUACAGCAGCACUAUCAGGGGCCUGUCCAGCCUCUCCAGACUAACUACUGAGCCAAACAGCGCCUCCGUGUGACUAACAACCAGCAUUACACCCGAGACAGACAGCAAGGUCUGUUGAUCAAAAAAGAAACCGCAGUAGCAGCAGGCUGAAGUUUUUUUUUAAUUUUUUUGAAUGAAA